AUGGCGGUACUAAGUGGUAGCUCGACGUUCGCCAGUCGUAUUUUAUCGGCUGUCUUCUACGGUUCAGCUUCAUUUUUCAUCAUUGUGUGCAACAAAGUGGUUUUAACAACAUAUCAGUUUCCAUCUUUCCAAAUUCUGGCUCUGGGACAGAUGUUAACUGGUAUUGUGCUGUUACUGGUUGGAAGACAGACUGGAAUGGUACAGUUUCCAGGGCCCUCAUUGGAUGUAGUAAGAAAGAUCUGGCCUCUCCCUUUGAUCUAUAUGGGCAACUUGGUGUUUGGAUUGGGUGGAACAAAGAAACUAAACUUGCCUAUGUUCACCAUUCUAAGAAGAUUCUCCAUCCUUUUUACGAUGAUAGCAGAGUAUUUUGUAUUAGGGGUAAAGGCUCCCAAGGUGGUCCAGUUUUCUGUCUUUCUUAUGAUAUUUGGUGCAUUAGUAGCUGCGAGUGAUGACUUGGCUUUUGACCUUUGGGGAUACAUCUUCAUUCUUCUGAAUGACUUUUUCACAGCAGCCAAUGGAGUGUAUACAAAGAAAAAACUAGAUGCAAAGGACCUGGGCAAAUAUGGUUUACUCUUUUACAAUGCCUUAAUUAUGCUGGUACCUGUGAUGCUGAUUGCACAUAUGAAUGGAGAGUUUGACAAGGCCCUGGCAUUUGACAGAUGGGGUGAACACUGGUUUCAGCUACAGUUUAUGAUGUCUUGUGUAAUGGGGUUUGUGCUUAACUACUCCGUAGUACUGUGUACCCAGCAUAACUCAGCAUUAACCACCACCAUUGUGGGUGUUAUCAAGAAUCUCUUAGUGACGUAUAUAGGCAUGUUUCUGGGAGGUGAUUACAUAUUCAGCAUCAUCAACUUUACUGGAAUGAACAUUAGCGUCACUGGAAGUCUGGUUUAUAGUUAUGUCACUUUCAAGAAACCAAGUGAAAAAAGGCCGGAAACAUCAACAGAGAGCCAAAAGUCGGAGGUGGACAUGAAUGAAGUCAAAACUACAGAUAGUGGAUACCAGGGAUGAAUCAAAUUUACUAUUUAAUAGUUAAUGGGAUCCAAGUGGUUGAUCAACUAAUA